GGGAGAACUGCGGGGCCCGCUCCAGUCCACGCGGUCCGGGCAGCACAGAGCGCAGCCGCGACUCUCCGCCGGGCGGGCGCGUGCGAGUGCGAGUGCGUGGCCCCGCGCAGCCGGAACCUGGGCGCGGAAGCCCAGAGCUUCGCUCCCGGAGGCGGAGGGCUGAGUCCUGCCGCUGCUUCUCCGAAGCCUACGCUGCCCGCAGAAUUGUCAGGGUCACUGAGAAGAGUGACUACAGCUGAAAGCCUGGGGCUUGCCACAGCGAAUCCUUCUGUGCCCAGGAUUAACAGCAGACCCUCCCUUUGGCAGUGGUCAGAGGGGAAGAAUCCAACUUCUUAGAACAUGGCAGGCAAGAAAGUUCUCAUUGUCUAUGCGCACCAAGAACCCAGGUCUUUCAAUGGAUCCUUAAAGAAAGUGGCUGUGGAUGAACUUGGUGCGCAGGGCUGCACUGUCACCGUUUCUGACCUGUAUGCCAUGGACUUUGAGCCGAGGGCCACCAGGAAAGAUAUCACUGGUGCUGUCUCUAAUCCUGAGUUCUUCAAUUAUGGGGUGGAAGCAUACGAAGCCUGUAAAAAGGGGGCUCUGACCAGUGACAUAAUUGACGAGCAGAAAAAGGUUCAGGAAGCUGAUCUAGUGAUAUUUCAGUUCCCGCUGUACUGGUUCAGCAUGCCGGCUAUCCUGAAGGGCUGGAUGGACAGGGUGCUGUGCCAGGGGUUUGCCUUCGACAUCCCAGGAUUCUAUGAUUCCGGUUUCCUCAAGAAUAAGUUGGCCCUCCUUUCAUUAACCACGGGGGGCACAGCCGAGAUGUACAUGAAAACUGGAGUCAGCGGAGAUUAUCGAUACUUCCUAUGGCCCCUCCAGCAUGGUGCCUUGCACUUCUGUGGAUUUAAAGUCCUUGCCCCUCAGAUCAGUUUUGCUCCCGAGAUUGCAUCAGAAGAAGAGAGAAAGGCGAUGGUGGCCUCCUGGGCCCAGAGGCUGAAAACCAUCUGGGAGGAAGAGCCCAUCGACUGCACGCCUCCGUGGUACUUCGGGCAGUAAUGCUUCGUGCCACGUCCACAUCACAGGAGCAGCACACGGGGAGCUGCAGGCAUAUACACAGGGAGCAGGGUCCUGUAAUAAAACAAGGUCACAACCAAG